AGUGCAUGCAGCUACAUUGACCAGCAGGAGGCGCGCACGUCCAGCAUAAGCUGCAGUUCUCUUCAGAUGACAGCCGAGGGCCCCCGUACACAGUGGCUCAGUCUUCCGGGGUUCAAACCGUGAGUCCGCUGAGCUGGUGGAGAGUGAAGCGUCUCCGGUGAUAACCUUCUUCUUUAUCCGUGUGAGUUUUGACGUCGCAAACAGCGGACAGCAGCGAAACGUCCGGCGGCGCCACGACACCGAGGAGGGACCCAGUGAACUGCUGCUAACGGCUAACAGUGCUAAAGAGUUAGCCACGGCCGCACACACAGGUAUGUCUGAAGUUAGUCUUGAGGCUGAAUCGGGGAGGACCUCAGCCGAGAACCCUCAGAUGGAAAGUGAAGAGACUGACAAGGCAGAGGAGAGCUUGAGUCAGGAUGUGAGACAGGAGAGCGUAGACGACAGUAGGGGAAAAGCUUGCACCGAUGAGGUGCUGUACGACAUCGCGAUUGACAGCGGUGAGGAAAAUGCAGAAAACAGUGAGGAGGACAUUCAGGAGGAGUGUGUGGUGACUCACAGGGAUGCUGAUUCUGCACAUGAGUCUGUCAGUGUAGACACAGUGGGGCAGGAGACAAAUCAUCAUGGUGAAACAGCUGAGGCGCUGGAGGAAAGCGGAGAUUCUCACACUGAAACAAAGGAACGCACGAUGGCUGAGGAGUCUCAUAGAAGCGCAGCCGCUGAGAUUCCAGUCACCAGCAAUGGAGACCUGGAUCAGAGCCCAGAGACAGUAUUCCAGAGGGACCCUUACCCUGCUGGCCCUGGUGCCCUAAACCUCUCAGAGUCCUGUGUCUCCUCCAGCCACUUUGCUUCAACUACAGAGGGCAUCAUUGAAUCAGGACCAUACAAAGGCGCAAUGAAAGCACAGCCAAACGCUGGAGCCGUGGUCCUUUCAGAUGACUUAAAGAACCCAGCCAUGGAAAAACUGGACCUAGUGAGAAAGUGGAGCAUCAACACUUAUAAAUGUACCAGGCAGAUCCUGUCAGAGAAGUUGGGUCGGGGCUCGAGGACCGUCGACCUGGAGCUGGAGGCUCAGAUUGAAGUCCUUCGUGACAACAAGAGAAAGUACCAGAAUGUGAUAAAGCUGGCUCAGACGCUGGCCAAUCAGCUGUCCCAGAUAAUGCAGACGCAAAGGCAGCUGGGUGAUGCCUUCGCUGACCUCAGCCUCAAGUCUCCAGAACUCUAUGAGGAAUUUGGUUUCAAUGCUGAAACCCAAAAGCUUUUGUCCAAAAAUGGAGAGACCCUGCUGGGUGCCAUCACUUUCUUCAUCUCCAGUGUGAACACACUUGUGGAAAAAACAAUCGAAGACACCAUGAUCAAUAUCAAACAGUAUGAAGUAGCCAGGGUUGAGUAUGACGCAUACCGCACAGAUUUGGAGGAGCUGAAUUUGGGGCCCCGUGAUGCCACCACCAUGCCCAAGAUUGAGCAUUCGCAGCAGCAGUUCCAGCUCCAUCGUGAGAAGUACGAGAAGAUGCGAGAUGAUGUUUCUGUCAAGCUCAAGUUCCUGGAAGAGAACAAGGUGAAGGUAUUGCACAACCAGCUCAUCUUGUUCCACAAUGCCAUAGCUGCGUACUACGCUGGAAACCAACAGCAGCUGGAACAGACACUCAAGCAGUUCCACAUCAAGUUGAAAAUGCCAGGUGGGGACAGUCCAUCAUGGCUGGAAGAGCACUAAUCACUCCUUUCAAAGCCAGAGUGGCUCAGUUUGGGGUUUUGACAGGAAAUGUCAAGUUGUAUAAAACAAACAACAGGAAACCCUCUUCCACAACUACAACUCUACAACUGUCUCUUGAAAUCUCCGAAUUGUAAAUCUUUUAACAAAAAAAAAAAAUUCCACAAUCUGUUUUACUCUUGUUCUUAAACAAUUCUUUUCAGCUGUACAUGAAUUUCAAAUCUUAGGAAAUGCACUUUUAUACUGUUUGACAAAAACGUUGAACAGGAGUUGCUGCAGUAAACACAUCCGGAAACUGUUCAUGGUCUUUUGUAUUCCAGCUUAUGAAUGUUGUAUCCCAGCACGGCAGACAUGCUGGCUCUGAACGGGCAGCUACAGGAUUUAAAUCGUCUGCCAUUUUGUUCACAUUCUUUUCAUUCUCUCACCAGCAGACUGAGAUGAGGAUGCAUGCUUAAUCAAGGAAGAUUACUUAAUCAACAUUUCUGAGAUUUUCCUUGACUCGUGUUGUGAUAAAGGGGAAGGGGGGGGCAUGACAUUCAGAUGUCUGGAUUAUGCAAACUGAUCAUCUUUACAAGCAAACACUGAAUUCUGAAAAUGGUAGUUUGACAUUUGGGGAAAUUUGCUUUCUUGCAGAGAAUCAACACCAUCUCAUAUUUGUCAUUUAAAGAUUCAGUGUGUACUGUGUUUCAUCUAAAUUGUACAAAUUGUUGUUUUCUUCACCCUAAAAUUGGCCCUUUAUAUUUAAAUACUUUAUAUAUACAUCAGGAGCGGGUCCUCUCUAUGGAGGCUGCCAUGUUUUUUACAGUAGUCCAGACUAGACAAAUUAAAAACCUGAAGCAACAACUGAAGCUACCACAGGUUCUAUUUCAUGUUUAGAAGGGGAGGGUGAGGUGAGGGGUAUUCAGCUGCAACCUGAAACUUCACCACUAGAUGUCACUAAAUUCUAUACACUGUACCUUUAAUAAAAGCUAGCAGCUAGUUUGUUAGGCUUAGCUUAGCAUAAAGACUGGAAACAGCUAUUCUGACCCUGUCCGAAUGUUACGAAAAUCUCCCUAGUCUCUUAAUGACACUAAUACAAAAACCAAAGUGUAAAAAAAAAAAAAUAAAUAAAAAAAAAAGUUGUGGUUUUAUGUGGGGCAGGGUGUUGUACCUUCAGGACAGAGGCGGGCAAACGGUUUCCCUGUUUCCAGUCUUCCUGCCAAGCUAGGCUAACAAGUUAUGGAGUAUGAUAUUUCCCUAAAGUGUCAGACUCUUCCUCUUAAAUUGAGAUUUAAAAGUUUGGCCGUUCAAAAAUAAACGUCACAUGUUAUACGAUGACGGGCCUCUUCAAACCUGGCAUUACCAUGUGUCACAUAAAAAAAAGGUUCUUAAGCACCUAUAUGAUGUGACAACCGAUGGUUCGGACAGAUUCGAAGGUGGUCUGGGACGCAUUCAAGGACUAUUUUCUCAAUUGUGUUUGUUAUUUUAUGUUCUGGUAAAUAGACAUUGGAAGUGCUAAUGCUGCCUCUCUUGUUUAAAAACAGUCAAAUUCAGUCUUUGCAAACAGAAAUGAUUUGUGUAUAGAGACAUGUCGGGUGUGAACAGGGUGUAUGUAGUCACAAUCAAAUCAAUAGGACCCUAUUGUAUUUUUAGAAAUUCCCUAUUUUCAUAUGGCUGAACGAGUGUGUUGAUUCUCCUUAAUUCCAGAGAAAAAGAAGGACCAGCCUUAUGUGACUAAAUGUGCCUUGAUUUCCUAAAUUUGUUCCGCUCCUCUCCUUCAUGCUAACUGGUCUUUUAAUGGGAAACAGGCACUCUCACUACCAGUUUUCAGGACCCACUCUUGAUGGAAGAGAAUGGACCAAACGCACAAACACACACUCCAAGGAUAUAUUUAAAGUCUAUAUAAUGUGUAAACACUCCACACAAAAAAAAAUGAAAGCUGUGUUUUGUUUUUAAUAGUAAAGGCUCCAUUAACUGUAGAAAGUCAAAAUCUCUUUGAUGAAAUGAUGUUUCUUAAGGUAUUUAUCCAUAUUGCACACAUGCACAUUAAUGCAUUUGAGGCUAAUAACAAAACAACUUGUAAGAACUGUAUGAUAUAUAAGGUGUGAACCAAAUUACAAUUAACUUGAGAAACUUUUUUGUCUUUUGUAAGUUUUAAAAGACCAGCAUCCUUUGCCUGUGCUGCUGAACGGUUUCCUUCAUUGGGCUUUAUAAAAGUAUAUUUUUCAAAGGGGACAUCCUGGUAUUUAUAACCAGCCAUCAUAUCCUCACUUUGUUAUUUGUACUUUUACUACGGCUCACUGUAGCAGUGUGAGAGUGUGAACCUUGGACAACAAUCUCUUGUUUCCUUGAAAUAGGUGGAAUUAUAUAUAUUUGUAAUAUUCUCUAUUUUACCUUGAGUAUGUAGUCUAUGACCAAUGCAGCCGUUUGGCUUUGUUUGUUCUUUGUUUCUUUUUUUUUUUCUUUUUUUUCCUGAAGACCCACAGAAUGGUUUGCUAGUACUAGUAUGUACUGGAUCUCUACCUUUGUAAUGAUGAAACAUUAACAAUUUGUGAGUUAAAAAAGAUUCAGAAUGUUGUGGUACCUCUUUGGGAAAAUAAAAGUUUCUUUUCUUUAAA